AUGGCAGCAUCUGAGUGCAACACAGUCGUGAAAAAUUGGCCAAAAAUCUUUAUUUGCGGAUACAAUCCAUUUAAUUUGAACGAAAAUGGUUCCCCGGUAGAAAUCAAGCUGUGCGACUAUGUCGCAACGAAACCGGCGUCGAAUGACGAACCAUUCCUGUUGGAAAUAACUUGUACUCACGCAGUACUAGCAGUCGGAAAUCGUCUCUACGCGCAAUCUGCCCUAACAAUGCAAUCAAAUGAAGCAUCUUUCAGUAGUCGAAUUGUUCAAAUUUCCGCCAGCACCUGGCACUGCUUGGUACUGUUGGAGAAUGGUGACUUGUUUAAAUAUGAUUUCGGAAAUAACCGCUCGGUUUGUUUGGAGUUUCUGUCGGCAGAGUCUACUGAUAGCGAGCUAUCUUCCACCGAACGGGAAAAAAUUACUCAUAUUGCCUGUGGAGAUCGUAUGUCAGUUGCCGUCACAUGCCGAAAGGCCGUGUUUAGCAUUCCGAGUCGGAUUUUCUCAUUUCCUAGACACGUUCGGGUCGCUCAGGUUGCUGUUGGACUCGAGCAUUGUCUGCUGCUGACUUCAAAUGGUGACGUGUACAGUUGGGGUGGUGGAUUGCGCGGUCAGUUGGGUAAUGGUGAAAUUACUCUCCAUCAGGAACUACCGCAGCUGGUUGAAGCACUAGCCGGUGUAAAGAUUGUGCACAUCGCCGCGGGUGGGUGGCAUUCGGUGGCUGUGUCCUCGUUUGGCGAUCUGUACAGCUGGGGUUGGAACAGUAAGGGUCAGCUGGGAAUAUUGGAUGAAAAGCGACAAAAGGGUAGCGUGUUUUUGUUACCUCAGUUGAUCGAAUUUAACGACGAGGUAUCAUUGGAAAAAGUUUUCUGUGGGAUUGAACAUACGCUAGCAAUUGAUUCAAAAAACGAAAUCUAUUUCUCCGGUAAUAAUUUACAAACAAGACUUGACUACACUAAGGUGAACACGCUUCCUAGCUUGGUUGGAUUUAAAAAGUUAGAAACCGACCCGAUGCUCGAUAGCAAAUUUAUAGUUAAAAGCGCGGCGAAUUCUAUUAUUUUCAUGGAAAAAACCUCUUUAGACAUUUAGGAAGUUUAUGAAUAAAUGCCACGUGCCCUGGGUUGGGCGUUAAAAACUAGCCGCACGAAAUUAGGACGCCUGAUGGGACCACUUUUUUGAUCAAACGUGAAACAAUAGCACCGACGAUAUGAUGUACGGUGUCACUUUUCAAUGGAAUUUGAACUUUUUAUACCAAAGGCUUAUCUGUGGUUUAACAUUCUUUAAAUACAAAAAUCACGAUAUCGAAAAAGGUCGGUUAAACUCCAGAUAUUUUUAUACGCUUUUAAAUAAUACACAAAUAAGUAA